CGAGUCCUACUCUGGAGUCUUCAGCUUCGCGGUGGCAUUUGAAUCACGAGCACACAACUACUUAGAACUAGUUACUUCACAAGUAAAGGCUCGACUUCUCAAGUAAAGAGUAAGACAAAUAAUUCAGACUGGGUGCAUGCUUGGUAGCUUGUCCGACUCUCUGAUCGAACCAUGACGUGAAGCCGCACUUCGGGAAGGGGUAUUUUCUAUGAACGCCAGUCCAACCGCCAAGAAGUCUUUAUCACGUUGUCCUCGUCCACCCAGCUAGUGGGAUAACGUUACACUGUAGGAUAGCGAGUGAUCGGCGUUACUUUGGAGUUAGGCAAGGGUUGAAAGCAUCCAGCCAUAGCUCAUUGAACGACAAAAAUACUCUCAGGGGUCUCUGGGUAGGCAUAGGUGGGCGCAGUACUCCUGACCUGAGUGAAUGGUGUGGCAGUCAUCGCCAUCGACUGUGCAGAUCGUUGGACGGCUCAACAACAGCGGACGCAGAGAUGGAGGAGACCAGCUCCGCCGUCGCCACCACCAGCAGCAGCUCCGCAGGUGAAGGGACGGAUGAGCAACAUCAGGCUGGUGGAGCACAGGCCGGUGCCGGGAUGGACACGCUCAGCGAAGGUAGCGAAGACGAGUUUGAGACGGACGGCAAGACGAGCACGGGAAGGGAAACAGAAGACGACGGCCAGAGUUCUGAUGAUGAGAUAGCCAGCGACGAAGAAAGUGAAGAGGAGAAGCCACCUUACGAUCCCAGCGGGCGGCAAACAUACCGAAACGCAUGCCGACGCCUAGGAGUGACACCGGCCGCAUGCUUCAUGAAACUGUGCGAGAGCGAGGAGAUCGACAUGGGCCACUAUGGUGUGGGACCGAAAGGAGCGACAGCCAUAGCUGUGGCGAUGGGGAGCAACACGAAGGUGCUGCGCUUGCUGCUGAACAACAACGGUCUGUACGAGGAUGGCUGCCAGGCCAUCUGCAAGAUGAUGGAGGACAACUGCUACAUCACACACCUGGACCUAUCCUGCAACCAGAUGAGAGCGGUUGGCAGCAUGGCGGCACAGAAGAUGCUCAAGAACAACAACACGUUGUCGGAUUUGACGUGUUCAGGAAACCUGUUUGACGACCAAUGUGCAACCCACUGGGCCGGUGCUAUACGGACGACUUUACAUCUGAAGAAACUCGACCUCAGCCACAACGAGUUUGACGAGGAAGGAGGUAAAGUGCUGGGCCCAGCAAUAGGAGAUAACGAGUCACUGCAAGAGUUGAGCCUACGUUGGAACCAUCUUCGACUGGACGGUGCAGUAGCAAUUGCAAUGGCGAUGGGGAGCAAUCAGAUGCUGAAGGUACUCGAUCUGGCAUGGAACGGCUUUGCCAACGAGGGUGCCGCGGCGAUGGGUGAGGCGCUCAAGUCCAAUAGCUCACUGGAGGUGCUCGACCUGAGCUUCAACCGCAUAUCAGAGGACGGCGCAAAGCUUCUGGCAAAGGGAAUCGCUGUCAACGAAUCACUGAGAGUCCUCAGGCUUGGGAGCAAUCCACUCGCUACUGGCGGUGUCAGCGCCAUCCUCCAAGCCAUCAAAUCAAACUCCAACAAUAUCAUUGAAGAGUUACGCUUUGAUAACAUCACCAUUACGCGCGACCUGAUGGACCUGUUGAACGAGCUAAAGACCUCUCGGCCCAAGUUUACAGUGACUCACGGCGGACUGGGAGGUGCUGAGGCACGCCAGGAAAAUGACAAGCGGAAAGAUCCAAUGGUGCUGGUCAAGCAGUACAUUGAUCGAGCUAACCUCCGACUGGUGGAUUUCUUCAACAGUAUCGACAAGGACAAGAGCAUGUCCGUCACCAAGGAAGAGCUCGAAAUCGGACUGGAGAGAGCCAAGGUUCCAAUGACCAAGGAACAAAUCAGGGAGCUGGUCACGAAGCUUGACAAGGAUGGCGACGGAGAGAUCGAUUACGGUGAGUUUGUCUACGGAGCACAACAGGUGACACAGGCUGAGCGCGAGGCCAAGAAGAAGCGUAACCUGGAGGUGAAGAGGCGACAGCAGGACGAGGCCAACAAGUCACAGGUGUUCAAGCAGCAACAGGAAGAAGCACAAACCGCAGCCGCCUCUGCAAAGCGCACCGAUGCCUGAUGCCUGAGAAUGUCCCAAUGGCCCACAG